ACGAGUCCAACCGCUCCUACAGUAAAUAUUUGUGUUUGCUCGAGCGGCUGUAAUGGUGGACGACUGAGGCGGAGAGACGGAACACGACCAGAGUGAAGGAAGACGAGAGGAACGAGGUCGGAAAGUCUGUUUCGUAAAAGCCGGACGCCGCGAAGUAGGACACGGGCUUCGUCGUUAAAAAAAAUAAAAAUGGAUGAACUCAAACAUCAAGUCAUGAUUAACCAGUUCGUCCUGACGGCCGGUUGCGCGGCGGACCAAGCGAAGCAGCUCCUGCAAGCGGCGCAUUGGCAGUUCGAGACUGCCCUCAGUGCCUUUUUCCAAGAAACAAAUAUUCCAUAUGGCCAUCAUCAUCAAAUGAUGUGCACCCCAGCCAACACACCAGCGACGCCCCCCAACUUCCCCGACGCGUUGACCAUGUUCUCCAGGCUGAGGGCGUCCGAGAGCUUCAACGGCGGCGGCGGAAGUCCCAUGGCCGCCUCCAUGGCCACCUCCCCCCCGCCCCCCCAGGUCUGCGGCUGGGGGGUCUCACCGAACCUACCUAACGUGCCGCAACCUCCACAGGGACUCUGGACUCACGGGCAGCCCCCCACGCAGCCCUGCCCCGUGUGGCCGAUGGGCGUGAACCCCCACGCAGGCGCCGAGCAAAAGGCUAGCGUAGCGAUGGAGGCCGAGAGAUGAAGGGGCAGCACGGGACUAGACGGCCCCUCCAACCCCCCCGAGGGAGGGGCGGGGGCUUAGGGUGGGAGAUGAUGAUGAUGAUGAUGGGUUAGAAGGGGUUUUGGUCUUUUUUUCCCCCAAAAGAAGGAUGGAUUUCUAAAAGAUGGAAACUACGUAAACCAAGAAAACUCAAUGAGGACGGAUUAAGAAGAGGAGAAAACCAAUGCAAAUGUUGAUACAAAUAUAUAUUAAAGAAAAGAUACGCACACACAUAGUAAUAAGAGAGCAACUGAAAUAUUUGUUAGCUUUUCCUAAGUCAAUGCAUAGAUAAGAACAUAUUAUUGAAAAAUAACAGGAACAAAAAUGAAAAAAAAUCAUUUGUCACGCCCAAGGAUUCUAUGUGAUGUUCAAGGACAUUCAAGGCAGCAAACUUAAUUUUAUUUUUCUGUUUAGUUACGCCCCCCCUCCCCACCCCCCCCAGUGUUUUUUGCCACUGGUGUUCUGUGUUUCUGCAACUGUCUGUUCUGCAUGAGGAGAAAGGAACCUGCAACGUGUUUGAGACUCGACUCCGAAAUCAACACGCACUUCAGUGAGUGCGCGCGCAUGUGAGCGGGUGAUUAGUUUGUAAUAAAACAUGCAUACAUUUUAUAUAUAUAUAUGUGCGUUAGUAUGCAUAUAUAUACAUACAUAUGCAUAUAUAUACAUACAUAUGCAUGUAUGUGUGUGUAUAUAUAUACACAUACACACACACAUGCAGACCCAAACACCCACACAUUCGUGUUUAGAGGAAACGCCUCUAUACCGUCAUUCCCAUCGUCACGGUUGGGACUUUUCUUACCUCACCUGGUGGUCACCUGACUUCUUUCAGCCUAUCAGGGAUUCUUCUAAAACCAACUGUUGCUGCCACAGGACAUGUUUUUAAAAGUUCUUUUUGUUUUUCUUAAAGGCAGCAGCCACUCUGGUUUACGCUCACUGGUCUUAGCAGCAACGGCUUCCUGAUACAGUUUUAAACCUGGACUCAGACAACAAAUCCACUGUACACUUUUUUUAUAUUCGGGUUAUCACAAGAAAAAAAGAGCAAUCAUGGUUUGUAUGAUAUUGUUUGUAAUGCUAAUUGUUCUGUUUUUGUUGAAAGGUUAUGGGCGGGGCUUUGAAAAUGGGCGGGACUUCAGGUUGACCUUUUGCUUUUUUUGACAAGUGAAUCAAAAGCAUCUAAAAUGCUGUAGGUUUAAAAGAAAAAAAACAUGACUACUCCAUCUUUGUCACUCCGCAUGAUGUGUUCAUAGCUUCUUUUGUAGAAAACAUACAUGAGGCCGAGACAUGUUUAUUGGGGGUGGGUGGGAGGUCUCAUUCUCGAUGCUAAUAUAGACGCAAACAAGUCAAAUCAGCAGUUUCUCGAUGGAUGAAAAUGGACAGAAAAUGAAAAGUGAAAAUAAGUGUCUUGUUGGGAGAAACAAAUGUGUGAGGGGAAGCCCCAGGUGGGCUAUUUGGUGACACUUUUAGAUACUUUACUGCAGAGGGUCUUUUUCAACAAUUAGGAAUGAACCUGAUGUAUGGCAAUAUUUUUAAUACUAGGUCGGCCCCUCUAUUAGUUGGUCCUGUUUGGGUUCUUUUUUCCUUGGAUACAACAGAGUGUAAGAAGAGAUAUUUUGAAUAGCCAAGGGGCCCUUUCUUCAAUUGAAACUACCAAGUUGGUAAUUAACAAUGAACAAGCAACUUCCUUUUUUUAUUUAGACUAAACUGAUGUUCGAGUUUUCAUGCUUCAUACUUUAUUUGGUUAAAUCACGCGUUUCUGGGUGGGCCUGUUCCUAAAUGGAUUCUCAUGUAUGUUUCCCCACUUGUAUGACUGUAUGAGACCAUUCCCACAAUAUUUGUGGACUACCUGAUAAUUAACUUAUCAUUUUUGUGAACCUUAAUAAAUAUUGUAUGUCAACCUAAA